CCACUAGCUAGCGUUAGCUAACCAGCACUAGAUUUGCAGCUCACUCAGACAUUUUUUCUACGUCGCCAUGGCCGAUGUUGACAAACUCAACAUAGACAGUAUCAUCCAGCGUCUUUUAGAAGUCAGGGGAGCAAAGCCUGGUAAGAAUGUGCAGCUGCAGGAGAACGAGAUCCGAGGAUUGUGCCUCAAGUCCAGGGAGAUAUUUCUCAGCCAACCUAUCCUUCUUGAACUUGAAGCCCCUCUCAAGAUCUGUGGUGACAUCCAUGGGCAAUAUUAUGACUUAUUGAGGCUGUUUGAGUAUGGGGGCUUCCCUCCUGAGAGCAACUACCUAUUUCUGGGAGACUAUGUGGACAGAGGGAAGCAGUCUCUGGAGACCAUCUGUCUGCUUCUGGCCUACAAAAUCAAAUACCCAGAGAACUUCUUCCUGCUGAGAGGGAAUCAUGAGUGCGCCUCCAUCAACAGAAUAUAUGGAUUCUAUGAUGAGUGUAAAAGAAGGUACAACAUCAAGCUCUGGAAAACAUUUACAGAUUGCUUUAACUGCCUCCCUAUUGCUGCCAUUGUUGAUGAAAAGAUCUUCUGUUGCCAUGGAGGGUUGUCACCAGACCUCCAGUCCAUGGAGCAGAUCAGGCGCGUCAUGAGGCCCACCGACGUCCCCGACCAGGGCCUCCUGUGUGACCUGCUCUGGUCAGAUCCAGACAAGGAUGUCCUCGGCUGGGGAGAGAAUGACAGAGGCGUCUCAUUCACCUUUGGCUCAGAAGUGGUGGCAAAGUUCCUGCACAAACAUGAUUUGGAUCUGAUCUGUCGCGCCCAUCAGGUUGUUGAGGACGGCUAUGAGUUCUUCGCCAAGCGACAGCUUGUGACUUUAUUCUCAGCACCCAACUACUGCGGGGAGUUUGACAAUGCUGGUGCUAUGAUGAGUGUGGAUGAGACCCUCAUGUGCUCUUUUCAGAUUCUGAAGCCCGCUGAGAAGAAGAAGCCAAAUGGCAGCCGUCCAGUCACACCCCCACGGAACAUGGUCACCAAGCAAGGCAAGAAAUAAGGUGGCAUGAGUGGACCUAUGUUCUGCUCUCUGUUCUGCUUUUGUCUUUCGCGUCUGAAGGGUUGGUUGCCCUUUGUGCUGCCAAUACUGAAAAGAUAUCCACUCCAACCUGAUGAAAGCAAAAUGUUUUGUCCACAAGGGUAAAUGGAUAUGUCACCAUGAAAACCUCAGGUGUUUUGCACUCCAUUGCAACUAGUCUUUGCCACAUAUGACUGUUCAACCAGGAACAAUGUAACAAUAUGGCUGAUAAUGCACAGAAAUGCCUUGUUUAAAGCUGUGCAGAGUUGUUUUCACAAUUUCUUCAUUUCAUGUUUCAUCAAUUUCUGUCAUCACCUGUUUCUCACUGUCAAUGUUAAUAAUGCAAUUAAUGGUUCUUAAAACAACUAUGGAAAUAUCACAAGACACUUAGUUGUUCAUUUCUGUAUAACUUUCUUUAUCAUAGGACAUUGAAUCCUCACUUUGCACCUGCAUCCUCACCAUUUUUAAAACAUGUCUUGUGCUGAAUUAAAUGAAGAAAUAAAGCAUU